CGGGCGCGCUGGGCUCGCCGCGCUGCCUUCCACCGGCGAGGCGGGUAAUCAUGGCAGCUGAUGAAGAUAACAAAAAAGUUCUUAAGGAGCCUUGGUCAGAUGAAGGAUUUAUGAAAGAUGAACAAAGAGAGAGAUUAAUUGAUGAAAUUGCAAAGGAAAAUAUUCAGUUAAAGGAGGAGAUCCAAAGGCUUGAAGCUGAGUUACAAGAGGCCACCAUAAACUCCCAGAUUAAAGAGAAUAUUCCUGAAACAAAGGUGAAAUUCACAUCUUUAGAGAAUCCUGAGAAUGACAGCCAGUUUUUAAAUAUCUCCUGUUCAUUUCAAGUGAGCUCGCAAGUUCCUUAUGAGCUACAGAAAGGACAAGCUCUUAUCACCUUUGAAAAAGAAGAAGUUGCCCAAAACAUCAUCAGGAUGGGGAAGCAUUAUGUGAAGAUAAAGGAUGUAGAUGUGGAGGUUUUGGCCAAGCCAGUUCCAUUAAAUUCAGGAGUCAGAUUCCAGGUUCAUGAAGAAUACUCUACAGUGAAGAUCAAUGUUACUGACAUUCCUGAUGGAUUGCCUGAAGAUCAGAUGAGGGACAAGCUAGAACUGAGCUUUUCUAAGUCCAUAAACGGAGGCGGGGAAGUGCGAUGCGUGCAGUAUGAUAAGCAGUCCCGGAGUGCCGUGAUCACAUUUGUGGAAACUGGAGUUGCUGACAAGAUUUUGAAAAAGAAAGACUAUCCGCUUUAUAUAAAUCAAAACUGCUAUAGAGUUACUGUUUCUCCAUACACAGAAACACACUUGAAAAAUUUUCAGGUAUUUUCGGGAAUAUCGGAGAGGACGGUGCUUCUGACUGGAAUGGAAGAUCUUCAGAUGAUGGAUGAAGAACUUUUACAGGAUUUAGUUAACAUUCACUUUCAACGGAAGGCGAACGGAGGUGGAGAGGUGGAAGUGGUCAAAUGUUCUCUAGGUCAACCUUACAUGACGUACUUUGAAGAAGAGAGGAAUGGAAUGGUCUGAAUAUUAGAGCCUCUGAGCCCAAAUCACUGUCAGUUUGACAAAAAUGAAUAUCCUUUUUCCUUUAAAGAAUGAAGACUUUAAUUCUUUAGUGGCCAUUUAUUCUUAUAUACAAAAUAUAUUUCCUUGUUUUUGAAUUGUUCUUUGUUUCAAACUCUGCUGCAUGCUUAUAAAUGCAGUAAGUGCACUGCAUUAAAAACAGUUUUAUUUGUUCAUAAAUUAUGUGGCUUGGUGCCAUGUCCAUUGAAAUCAACCAUAAGUGAUGCAAUUGUCCCCCUGCUGUGUUGGCUCCUUUGGUUAUGAGCAUGUGGGCCAAUUCUCUUUUGGCCCCAAGUCCACCAAUAUGCAGACUUGACUCCUCACAUUUCCCAAAAGAAAUGUUACAUUCAGCUGUUUGUGAUUUCUGUAGACUUUGACUUUCAAGGGACUUCAAGAGCAAUCAUUUCCCACUUUCCCAUUAUAGCAUUUUCCUCCACAGCCCCAUAGGUAUUUUUCAGAGCUGAGUGUGGUCUUUUUACUUAAAAUUUUCUUCACCCAGAGUGCCAAGUGUCCCGAUUCUUUCCAAAACAUCUUCUCCAAAUAGAACUUGUAAAGACCAUAAUUUUCUUUCUUUUACACUUAAGAUGGAAAGAAUGUUUAACAGAAUGACAUCCUUGGAAUAAAGGGAGAAGUAAAUGCAAAGCUAGUGGCUCAUCACUCGUCAGGCUAGAUGCUGAGGAACCCCUGAGGCUGAAAGCGGAGGAGCUACCCUGUAGGGGCUUACGUUUUAGUUUGAGAGACGCCCAGUCCAUUAGCAUCCCACUGGUUUUAAGUUGUAGAAACUAAACAGUGAGAGGUGAGGUUCCUGUUCAGAGGAGGUAAAAUUCUCUUUGGUAAAGAACGUUGGAACAGGGGCGCCUGGGAGGCUCAGUCGUUAGCGUCUGCCUUCAGCUCAGGUCAUGAUCCCAGGGUCCU